AUGCUAUGGGUGGAAGUGUUGGGUCAAGUGAGCAGGAUGUAUCGUUACAAACGUAUCCCUGACGACCAAGUUCGUCUUCUACUCGUCAAGCCGGGCACCUUCGAUGAGCAAAUCAACGCUUCUUUACUGGUCGUUAGCGAUGAUCACCUCGGAAGCGAAGAUUACCCGUACUCGGCCCUAUCCUACAACUGGGGCAAUAGCGCAGACGACAGUACUAUUGUCAUCCAGGAUGAUCCAGCCUCGUCUCCCGUGAAGUCCAUCAGGAAAGCAGUAGAUGUACUCCGAGCGGCCGUGCAAGACAAGUUGAUCAAGGUCAAACCAAACCUCUACGAAGCUCUCAGACAUCUGCGAAAAGAGAACGAGACUAUCGCGCUUUGGGUGGACGCAUUGUGCAUCAAUCAAUCUGACACCAAAGAAAAGGAAGAGCAAGUACUAAAGAUGGCGCACAUUUACCGUAAAGCCUACAAUGUGAAUGUAUGGCUUGGCUCCGACAAUCCUGAUGAUCUUGUCUCCAACAGGGCUAUGGCUUUUAUCCCCAAGGUCAUCGAUCCGGAGAAUCACUUAGCUCUUCUCACUGGCGAUGCUUAUAUUGAAGAUUGGGCAAGCUUGUACGAGCUUCUCAAGUGGAGCUGGUAA